CCAUAGUGAGAAAGCCAUAUUCUCGCUCAACUGCAGAACUCAUUCACUUUCGUGGCCUGCUUGUUAGAUUUGAUAUCUUCUCGCACUUGGGUUGUUGAAACACAGUACUACGAUGAAUGAAAUGCAGCAACCACUAACGGACUCAACGGGAGUUUCACACGAAGAAGAUGGUAUCUCAGGAAGUUUAGAAGAGAAUGACGACAUUGAAAAGGCUCUACUGCCUUCCAAGGACGCGAAGACAGGAUCUCGAACUGUUGGGAAGGAGACUUCAUGGUUGAAGCUCGGCAGUAAAAAGCAAUCUCUCGUGACUUUUCUCAACAUUUCACUCUUUACUGCAUCUUUCACUUUGUGGCUACGGUCUGCCCCGAUGAGGCAUCCCCUGAAUGUUCAGGACUAUUGGAAGGAAACCUCCUUUUACUCCCCUAUCCUUGAGCACUUCGAUAUACCAAGAAUCAGCAGAGUAACGAACGGCACUUUAUAUGACACGAAUCCACCGUCAGUGCUUCGCCAGCGAAUUGGCAAAGAGGCCGAUAAGGAGUGGCAUCGCAUCGGCGACCAUGUCUGGCCUCUAGUCAUUGGGGAAGCGGAUGUGAGGCAGCUUGGAAAGGAUCCACGUGUCGCAGUCAAGAUUCCAGAAGCUCUUGGCUACGGUUCAGAUGCAUACAUCGCGCAGACAGAAGUUUUCCAUCACCUUCACUGCUUAGACAUGCUGCGGAGGGAAGUGUCAUACGAGCAUUAUUAUGAGCCAAAGGAGGGACCCAGGCCAGGAGGAGAUCAACAUCAAGCCCACAUCGGCCACUGUUUCGAUAUACUUGCCCAAGCCAUCAAGUGCACCGGGUCGGUGGACAUGAUUACUUUCAAUUGGGUUGAGAAUUGGGAGCAACCAUUCCCAGAUUUCAGGAAUCAUAAAGUGUGCCGUGACUUCGAUGCGUUGUUGGGCUGGGUCAAUGAGAACUCCAUGGACCCGAAGGUCUUUCAAGAAAUGAAGGCGCCUCCGCCUGGGUGGCCUGUCAUGCCGGAGCCAGGCCCGGCAUCGUGAUGAUCAAGUAAUGAGGCGGCGAAGGAAACUCGAUCCUGUUUUGACACAAGUACUAUGGGGUAGACAGGAAAACACCAAGAAACAGUUUGAUG